AGGACAGCAUUAAAAUUACUGAGUAGGCUACAUUUCGUUUCAGUUCAGUGAGUGAGUCGCGAAGCAACUGUAAGGGUGUUUCUCCAGCUCUUCCUCUCUGUUUAAUAUGGCGUCAGAUGGCAAGAAAAAGGGAAUACUGGAUCGCUUGGAUGCAGGUGAAGUUGUCAUUGGAGAUGGAGGAUAUGUUAUGGCAUUGGAGAGGAGAGGCUAUGUCACGGCCGGGCACUGGACGCCAGAAGCCGCAGUUGAACACCCAGAGGCAGUUCGGCAGCUGCACAGGGAAUUCCUGAGGGCGGGCGCCGAUGUCAUGCAGACUUUUACAUUCUACUGCAGCGAUGACAAGCUGGAAAUCAGCGGCAGAGUGCUGAACAUCACUGGGCGACAGAUAAACGAGGCGGCCUGUGACCUCGCCAGGGAAGUGGCCAAUGAGGGAGGCGCCUUAGUGGCGGGCGGAGUCUCCCAGACCCCCUGCUAUGUCGAUUCAACCAGUGAAAGUAAAGUGAAGGAAAUCUUCAAGAAACAGCUGGAUGUUUUCAUUGAGAAGAACGUUGACUUUUUAAUUGCUGAAUUCUUCCAGCACGUGGAGGAGGCAGAGUGGGCCGUCCAAGUUCUGAAGACCAGCGGGAAGCCAGUUGGGGCCACAUUAUGCAUUGCACCAAUGGGAGACAACAAUGGAGUCAGCCCAGGGGACUGCGCUGUCAGAUUGGUCAAGGCUGGUGCCAAGAUCGUUGGGGUCAACUGUCACUUGGACCCCGUGUGUGGCGUGAAGACUGUGAAGCUGAUGAAAGAAGGUCUGGAGGCUGCUGGUCUGAAGGCCCACCUGAUGCUGCAGCCCCUGGGGUUCCACACUCCGGAGUGCAAUCAUGGAGGGUAUCUCACCCUCCCAGAAUUCCCCUUCGCAUUGGAAGCAAGAGCCAUCACUCGAUGGGACAUGCAUAAGUAUGCCAGGGAAGCGUAUAACGCUGGCAUCCGCUAUAUCGGUGGGUGCUGUGGGUUUGAGCCCUACCACAUCCGUGCUUUGUCUGAGGAGCUGGCACCAGAGAGAGGCUUCCUACCCCCGGCAUCAGAGAAGCAUGGGCUGUGGGGUAGUACCCUGGCCACGCACGCCCAGCCCUGGAUGAGAGCAAAGGCUAAUCGGGAAUACUGGGAGAACCUGCUACCAGCAUCAGGACGGCCAAAGUGUCCAUCCAUGGCAACUCCCCACAAAUGAUUU